AUGGGUGCCGUCGUAUCCUGCAUUCAAUCCAUCUUCCGCACGAUAGGCGCCUGCAUCAUGGCCGUCGUCAACGCCAUCGCCGCUGGCAUCAAAGCCGUCAUCAACGCCAUCGUCUCCCUCUUCGGCAUCGUCAUCUCCUGCUUGACAUGCGGACGCACCGGCCACAGAAGAAGG